UUUGCAAUGUUAUAGCAACGAAGUUUAAAUUUUGUUACAAAAUUAAUGCCGACAGUUCGGUGUUGAAUUCUUUUAUAUCAUAACUAUUUUAUUAUUUGUUAUAUAUAUUUUUUUAAUUUAUUUAAUUUGGAAAAACGCAAUAUAUUAAAAAAGUAAUGGCUUCAUUUCGUAUUCAUGAAGAUCAAGAAAACAUUCAUGUUGGAGAUAUUCGGCGUAACGUUAAAGAAGUAUUUCAACAGAAACGGAAUGUUUUAGGUUCUAUCAACACAAAUAAUAAUCAAUUCGAUGGACAAACAAGAGCUUCGAAACAGCCUCUUAAAUCAUCAAACAUUCCAAAUGUGCCAUCAAAUGAGAAUAAUGAAAAUUAUCAACCAAAAAAAUUCUCAACAAAACAGCCACCUCCAGCUGUACCAGUUGCACAAUUUGAGGCUUUCAAGGUAUAUGAAGAAAAUAUUGAAAACAAGAAACGUGCCGAACCUGAAAAGAAAGUACCUGAACCAGAAGUAAAAUGCAAAGUCAACGAACAACCAGCCAAGGAAGAAAUACAAAUACCACAAGUGGUAGAAGAAUCAUCCAAAAUUGACGAACAUGCAUCACUUAAUUCAAGUGCCAUCACAGAUUUGCCAAUGAGUAUAGACAAAUCACUUCUUGUAACGCAACGUAGUGAUGUUAUUUACGAUAUCAAAGAGUAUGAUAUUUAUCGUGAUGAUAUUUAUAAGUAUAUGCGAGAAUGUGAAACACGGCAUCGGCCAAAACCUGGCUAUAUGCGAAAACAACCUGAUAUUACUUAUUCAAUGCGCACAGUGCUUGUGGAUUGGUUAGUGGAAGUUGCUGAGGAAUACAAAUUACAACCUGAAACUUUGUUUUUAGCUGUGUCGUAUAUUGAUCGAUUUCUUAGUUACAUGUCAGUGGUUCGAGCUAAAUUACAAUUAGUUGGUACAGCUGCUAUGUUUAUUGCUGCAAAAUAUGAAGAAAUCUAUCCACCCGAUGUUGGAGAAUUCGUUUACAUAACAGACGAUACAUACAACAAAAAACAAGUAUUACGAAUGGAGCAUCUUAUUUUAAAAGUAUUAUCAUUUGAUUUAUCAGUGCCAACACCUUUAACUUUUGUCAGAGAAUUUUGUACAACCAACAAUUUUGAUGAUAAAACUACAAGUCUUGCCAUGUACCUAAUCGAGUUGUCGUUAUUGGAAGCCGAUCCAUACUUACAAUUUUUACCAUCACAUAUAGCUAGUGGUGCAAUUGCAUUAGCUCGAUAUACUGUUGAUGAUGAACCAUGGCCCAAAGAAUUUGAACAAUCAACUCGUUACUCAUUAGAAUAUUUACGACCAUGUAUUGCACAUUUAUAUACAACAUUCACAAAUGCGUCCACAUUAGAACAACAGGCUGUACAAGAAAAAUACAAACAUUCCAAAUAUCAUCAUGUAUCAUUAAUAUUACCAAAAGAUCCAACGCCUGAUUUUAUAGAUUUACAACAAUAUUUACCAGCCACAGAACAACAAAAGCAAGAAUCUUUAACGGCACAGCAGGCGUUUGAGCAACAAGUACAGAAAUAGUAACUAUUUUAGUAUAAUUAUUUUGACAGACCUUACAAAUAUAUUGUAAGAAUACGAAAUGUAUUUUAAUGUGUUUCCCCUUUUAAGGAAAGGUAUUCUUUGUUUACAUUUUGGAUAUAAAGAUGGUCCUAAUCUAUGAAACGCUUAUAAACAAUAAAAAAAUUUCUUAUUUUUUAAGUAGAAUGUAAAUACUCACCAGCAAUUUUUUUUAAUUCGAUAAG